CACCGUUCAAUGAUAUGCCAGCGUUGGAUAUCACUCAAUCCAAAUACUUCACUUUUGUCUCGGUGCUGGUCUUGGUACUUGCGUUAUUCCCAGGGUUUCCACAAUACAUUCUAGGUCUUCCCUUUCGUCUGCUCAUAUAUCCCUUUAAAACGACAUCACCCCUCUCUGUUACUUUCGAUUGUCCUCCGGGCUGCAUCGCGCAGAGCACUCGUUCCAACAUGUCUACAGCAUGGUUUCAGAAAACCUUCACGCUUCCUGCCAAAUCCCGUGGCUCCUACCUCAUAACAGAUCAAGUUGUGGCGUCUUUACCAGAGAUCAAGGAGUACAAAGUUGGACUUCUGAACUUGUUCGUACAACACACUUCAUGUGCGCUCUCUUUGAAUGAGAACUGGGACAGUGAUGUAAGAGAAGAUAUGAGCGAUGCGCUUGAUAGGAUUGCUCCGGAAGAUAGGAAGGGCAACCUAUACAGACACUCGGCUGAAGGCUUGGACGAUAUGCCUGCACAUAUCAAGUCGGCGCUCAUUGGAGCAAGCGUAACAAUCCCUAUCACGGAUGGCGCCUUGAACACUGGCACGUGGCAAGGUAUCUGGUAUUUGGAAUUUCGAGCGUCGAAGCAUUCAAGAAAAGUGGUAGCGACUAUUCAAGGACAGAAACAAUAAAUGGUUUGUGUCUGACUGCAAUGUCCAACCGAUCGGUAUGCACGCGGGAAAAUAGUCCUGAGCUGUGCCUUAGCCCUGUUGUCUCUUCAACAACGUCAAGCGGAGCACAGUGAGAGACUCGAAGCUUCCGAAAUUAGCGGAUCCCUGUGCCUAAGAUGCCAUCGAAUUCCUGCCUCAAGAUUGUCUGCACUAUCCACGGAGGUUCCCGGACCAUGGUCCUGCCUAUCUUGAGGUACUCGAAACUAUCGAAUGUGGUCAGGGAAAGAAAGAAUGAGGUGGGCUCAGAGGGAGCAACCUUGCUCAAGGUAUGGGAACAGCUGUUCAAGCAUUAUGGACCUCCACCUGGAAGCCAACGCUGUUCUUAAACAGGUAAACUAUCAAAUGAGGGAUGAGAAUGCCUAUGAUGCACGGAAGAGCGUGUAUCGCCGGCAAUGAGUAUGCUAUCACGUUGGGAGGAGAGAAAGGGAGUCGGCUUCGGUCUGUCUAGGUCUUAUUCAGCCUCGCCCAUGUGGAAUCCAAGAAUUUCUGGAUGAAAUCCGUCACACAGU